GUUGCAUUUUCUCGGGGUAGAUGGGUCGCUAAUGCUAUAUCAAUAUGUACCUGUAAGCCGGUGCUAGGAGAUCGGUGCCCACCGCUCAGGGCGGUGGGGUCGCACCGACGCCGAUCUCGCCUGAUGCGCCGUGUUGCGGCCGAGUUCAGCGUUAUCUUGGAUUUAAUUUUGGUUUGAUAACACGAAGUCUUGCUGAAUGAUCGAUUUUUUCCUGUUUUCGGUUGCUGACUUUGGUGUCCUUUACUCGUAGCUUUUGUAUGUCUGUAAUUAAGUGGUUAUUGACCAAGCGAUUAUUUACGCAUCUUUAUUAAAAUGAAGCCAUCAAAGCAAAAACCCCAACCGCAGCGCCCCAAUACCAACCAGCGCUCCACGGCGAACCCACAUAAGCCAUCGGUGAGCGACCCCAGCCAGAUGGGCAUCCCAUCCGUAUGCCAGCAAUUUAACAGGAACCAACCGUGUGGCACACAUCCGUGCAUGUUCACGCAUCAGUGUUUGUUUUGUCACGGUCACCACAGUGCUCUGGAGUGCCGUUUCCGAGCUCCCCUGGGAGACCCAUCACCAAUACAAACAUCACAACCGGAACCGCCACCACCGUAUACGGAGGUACUUAAGCCCAGUACCUCCCGUCCAGUAGUCGCUAAUAGCACUCCUCCGACAUUCCUCCCGGGUGCAUGUCGCCAGCACAACACGGCAAACGGAUGCAAUGCCAAGAACUGCAAACAUGCCCACAUUUGUGGAUACUGCUCCCGAACCAAUCAUAUCGCGCAGAAUUGUCCCUUUCAGGAUGACAACAUUACUCAAGCGUCCACAUCCCGCGGCACGAAUAAUCCUGCGCCAAAGAGCAAAAGCGGGAAUAACACCUCAGGUCAGAAAGAUGCCCCUUGUCGGUAUUACAACGCCCCCGCCGGAUGCCGCAAUGUUUCGUGUAAGUUUUCUCAUAAGUGCAGCUCUUGUGGGAAACUGAACCAUGGGGCCGACAACUGCAAUUCGUCUACGAAGAAAAAGCCGGAUGCUGCUCGAGCUAGCCAAAAAAAGAUUGUUUUUCAAACUGCAGUCGGAACGUUUGAAAUACCACAGGAUGAGCUGAUUGACGGGACCUGCUUCGAUUACAACCGACGAAAGCCAUGCAAGAAAAGUCCGUGUCCAUACGACCAUGAUUGCUGUGAAUGCGGCCGUCAGCACGAUGCUAUACGCCACUUGGAAGCGGACUACGGUGUCGGCAAGAUUUAAAAAUCUUUUUAGUUUUACACAAUUGUUGUUCACUUAUUUUUACAUGCUUACACCGUUGUAUAAAAUUUACAACGGAACGGAAGUCGGAAUUAACUCGUAAUUAUUAUUAGUUUAUCGUGCACUGCAAUGUGGCCGGCUUAAUUUGCGGGUUGAUCAUGAUCAUGAACUUACCAUUAGAUCACGCAUACUGUAUACAUGUAUUACUGUAACGAAAUAAAAACUACAGCA